CUUCAUCACACCUUCUCCCGUAUCUUUAAACAUUUCAGGAUCUGCCAUUCUUCUUCCACAGUGCAGCCAAAAAUGAUCAACGACGGCUCCAAUUCCUCUGCUUCAGAGUCCAUCACCGAGACUGGUGCAUCCUCCGUGGUGCACGCUCCCACUGAACAGUUCUUUAUCGAGCAACCCAUCGCCCCUGGAACGUACGUUGGCCCCGUCGAUGCUUCUCUCCUUGGUGCCGACAAGGUCCCUCUGCUCUUCCAACCCUUCACCGUCAAAAACUUGACAAUUGCAAACCGUAUUGUUGUCGCACCCAUGUGCCAGUACUCGGCCAAGGACGGCAUCAUGGGUGAUUAUCACCUCGUUCACCUUGGACAAUUUGCAUUGAACGGUGCAGGCCUUGUCCUGGCUGAGGCCACUGCUGUUGAAGCGCGAGGACGUAUCAGUCCCCAGGAUGCUGGUAUCUGGUCCGAUGCCCAUAUUCCCGGCUUGAAGCGCGUUGUUGACUUUAUCCAUGCCCAGGGUGGCAGGAUCGGUAUCCAACUAGGCCACGCAGGACGUAAGUCAUCUGUCCCCGGCUACUACCACAAAGCUGAGCCUUCUGAUCUCUGGCUCGAUGAGGUCAUUGCCCCCACUGGUGGUGUUGCCUAUGACCACCACCACCAAGUUCCUCGUGAACUAGGCUUGCACGAGAUCCCCGAGGUGAUCAAGGCCUAUGGCGCCGCAGCCCGUCGCGCAAACGAGGCAGACAUGGACACCGUCGAGAUCCACGCCGCACACGGCUACCUGAUCCACCAGUUCCUCUCGCCCUUUACCAACAAGCGUACAGAUCAGUACGGAGGUUCGCUCGAGAACCGUGCGCGCUUCUUGCUUGAGGUCAUCGAGGAGGUCAAAAACAACUUCCCCAAGGAGAAGCCCAUCUUUGUGCGCGUCUCAGCCUCGGACAAUGUUGAGCAUCUGGACGUUCCUUCUUGGGAUAUUGAGCAGACGGUCCAGCUCGCAAAGUGGCUCCACGAGGCCGGUAUCGAUGUCUUGCACAUCUCGUCUGCCGGAAAUGUUGCACAGCAGCAGAUCCAUUAUGCACCCGGCUAUCAGGUGCCAUAUGCUGAGCGCGUGAAGAAGGCGGUUCCGGAACUGAAGGUCAUUACUGUUGGUGUGAUUACGGGCGGUAAGCAGGCGGAGGAGAUCUUGGAGGCUGGAUCGGCCGAUUUGGUGGCGGUAGCGAGGGGUUUCUUGAGAUACCCUAACUUUGUUGCCAAUGCUGCCAAGGAGCUCAAUGUUCGUCCUAGAUACACGGCCCAGUAUAACAUGUUCUUGGCAAAAUCUACACUGUAAUACCUAUACAAAAUAAAU